UCUUAUCCACGCUUAGUGCUAACGCCGGUCGUCGUUCGGUCUAGCGGUUCGGUGCAUAAUCAGUCUAGUCAAUCAAUUAUGCAUGCAAUACAUUAUCGUAACAAUAUCGUUUGAGUGUUAUUUGUUAUUACUAUUAUUACACUCGAGACGGUGAGACAUUAUUGACGCCGUACACGUUAGGCGAGUGGAUUAGUGGAGCAAUGUCAUUACACGACGACCAGUUUACAUUUGCGCAAUAAUAAGUAGUAACGCAACUCCGUCGUCGAAUAAGCACUAGUUUUUCGUUUCGAGUUCGGCAACGACUCUUCAUAAUAUUAUUCUCAGAAACCCUAUCGAAUAUGUUAUUAUUGUUAUAAAUUAUUUCGACGAAAUCGUCCAAACCGUGUAGUGUUCGGAAUUCCCUUAAGUGUCAAUAAUUGAACAUUUGUACGAUAUACAUAUAUAGCCAUAUAGGUACCUAUCGUUUCUUUUUUUUAUUUCAUCACCGUCGACCGUGUCAAUGAUGUAAUAUUCAAUAAUAAUACCAUCAAAUCCGACUUUACACGAUCAUUGAAAAACUAAUAUUAGCUCCUGAUUAUGUUACGACCUUAGACCUCAUAACAAUGUUACUGAUAAACGACUAUAAGUUUGAAAUAACCAGCACUGUCGCAAUCAUGUUUAUUAUUAUCAUGUACACUUCUAGUCAUGCUUUUCGUUACUUCACCAAAUAUACCAUAUUCACUGUAUUGUCAUACAUCUCUGCAACUGUAUUCAUACCAUUAAUGUUAUGGAGACCGAGGGACUACAGGAAUGGAUUACUACCAGCAUGGGGUGGACGUCAAGUAUCAAAAGUAUUAGGGAUAACUUGGGAAAUAAAUGGUAAAGAAAAUAUUGUACAAAAUUCAGGAUGUGUUGUUUUGAUCAAUCAUCAGAGCUGUUUGGAUUUAUUAGUUUUGUCUGAAAUAUAUCCAAUUAUGGAAAAAUGCACGGUGAUCUCCAAAAAAGAAAUAUUUUACUUUUGGCCAUUUGGUCUAGGAUCAUGGCUGUGGGGAACAAUAUUUAUUGACCGUAUGAAUGCAAAAAGUGCUCAGAAGACCCUUAAUAAGACUGGAGAAGCUAUUCGUGAAAAACAAGCAAAGAUUUGCAUGUUUCCUGAAGGAACAAGACACGGUGGACCAGAACUCUUGAACUUUAAGAAAGGUGCAUUCCAUGUUGCUAUUUCAGCUCAAUGUCCAAUACAGCCAGUAGUUGUAUCUCAAUAUUUCUUCUUGAAUCAUGGAAAACGUAUAUUUGAUCCCGGCCACGCAGUCAUAACAAUACUGCCUCCAAUACCCACAGAGGGAAUGGCCAAAGAAGACUUAAGUGGUCUUAUUGAAAAGUCUAGAACUUCAAUGCAAGAAAUGUACACAAAAUCCUCUGCUGAAGUGAAAACAAAAUAUUAUAAUGUCAGCUAAAAUUAUAUUAUUUUUAUUUUUGUGAAUAUUUAAAUUUAAAUAUUUUAGUGUGUAUAUUCGUGAUUAGAUACCAUUGUGACUAUGAUUCAGCAUUAAGAUUAUAGUUAUUUGGUACUAAUAACGUGUGCUUUACAGUAUUUUUUAUUUUUUGACAAAAUAUUUUUGUUUGUUAAGACAUACAAUAUCAUAACCUGUGAACUUUGAAUUAGAGUCUCUUCAUUUUUCAUUAGCAUUUGUCACGCUUUAAAGUAAAAAAUAUUUAAAUUUAUAACACUAUUUUUGAUUGAAAAUAAGAUAAUGUUAUUUUUUUAUUAAAAAAAAAUUAUAUACUGAAUUAAACAAGCACAUAAACUUGUUCACAGAAUAAAAGAAAUCAAUCAGAUAUUUACAUCGAAAAUUACUUUUUAUAUUUUAUAAAUUGAUGUGUUCUCAAAUCAACCAAACAAAGAUUUUUAAAUGUAUAUCCACGAUGUACUGCAACUUGUAUUUUUAUUUUAAAAUAAAAAAUGUAUUUGUUUUAAA